AUGGUUUCUGACAACCCAUCUACCUGGAGUGAUAGACUCCCUUGGGUGGAGUACGCCCAUAAUGCUCUGACUAACGCUUCCUCUGGCUUGUCUCCUUUUCAAUGUUCCUUGGGAUACCAACCACCUCUGUUUUUCUCCCAAGAACAAGAGAUCAACAUCCCCUCUGUCCAGGCGAUGAUUAGGCGCUGCCAAGGCACCUGGAGGAAGGCACGGAGGGCCCUUCUACAGGCCUCACAGAGAAUGACCUCACAGGCUAAUCGUCAUCGAAGACCUGCACCUACUUACCAGCCUGGUCAACGAGUUUGGUUAAGGGCAAAGGACCUACCACUUAGAGUGGAGUCCAAGAAGCUGGCUCCACGCUUUGUUGGACCUUUUACGGUGGAACGUGUCAUCAACCCCAGUGCGGUACGUUUACGUUUACCACCUGCUAUGAAGAUACAUCCGACCUUCCAUGUUUCUCAGAUUAAGCCAGUUGUGGAGAGUACUCUGGCCCCCCCUGUCCGUCCCCCUCCACCUCCCAGGGUCAUUGAUGCUGCGCCUGCGUAUACUGUUCGACGACUCCUGGAUGUCCGCCGUCGAGGACGGGGGCUGCAGUUCUUGGUCGACUGGGAGGGUUAUGGACCUGAGGAGCGCAGCUGGAUUCCUCGUAGCUUGAUCUUGGACCCCACUCUCGUCACAGACUUUUUCCGACGUCACCCCGAACCACCCAGUAUCCAGAGUGUUGUGGCAGCGACGGCAGGUGAACAAUCAGGGUCAUCAGCGGAAGUAGGAACAGGUGUGGCGGAGCCAGUCAGCCUUCCUCCUCACCUCUAUAUAUUCAGACGCCAGUCACCACUUGGACGCCGGAUUGUGAAUGCUCAUUUGGAACCUCACCUGCUCCUGCGACUGAGCCGUCUUUUUGGGCUUCCCCACGUCUACAGUUCCUGGCAGACACCGGAGACCUCGCCACCCACUCGCCAUCGCUGCCUCUACCUUCCGUUCAGCCCCCCUGCCUUACCCUUUCCCUUAGUCAGCAGUCCGUCCCCAGCACGAGCCAGGUGGAGGUCUUUAGUGAGUUGA